AUGUGGCCGUACGAUCCUCAUCUUGCGGCUCCUGUCUGUUCCUCGUCUCCACCGCCGGGUUCCUCUGAUUUUCACCGCUUCGUCUCCCAGUUUGAUCUCUCUCCCCUUCCUCGUUUUCCUCUUCACUACUGCUGCUCGACGCAUGUGCUUCCUCCCUAUAAGAAGGGUCUGCUCGUUCUUCCGGAUCAGUAUCGAGAGUGGUUAAAGCCCUUCGCCCCGCUGCUUGGAACGCGUUUUCCGGUCCUCCGCCUACGCCGCUUACAGCCCGUCUCCCGCGGCCGCGUCCUCUUCCGCUGCGCGAUGGUGAUUGCCGGAGGUCCUGAGCUGUCGCCAGUGCGUGCUGUCGUUGCGUCAGUGGUGAUCGAAAAAUCACAGGCGGUAUCUGCCUCGGCGACGGCUGCGAUGAAACCGCCAUUGCCGCCUGCCCCGAAGCCCGCGUCGUCAGCACCUGCGGUCCCUGUUCUCCCGAACCCGGCUCCCCCUGCUGCUGAUUCGCCCCCAGCUGCUGCCGCGACUCAGUCUGGCCCCGCUGCCCCUGUGGUUGCCCCUCACGCUCUCCCGCGUCAAGAGCCUGAACACGUGGCCUCCGCUGCUGUCGUUGUGCCACCAGCUGCCGCCGUCCCUGCUGCCCCAGCUGCUCUGGGCACCGACCUGGCGCUGGCGGCGGUGUCCGCCACCACUGGCGGCCUUGCCCCGGCGGUGGAGUCUGUUGGGGCUGUUCAGUCGGCGCCUGCUGCGCCGCUGGGGCCGUCUGUCUACUCGUCCCUCGGUCUCCUUGCUCUCGCGAUGGUGAUUGCUGGUGCUGACGAGCCGUCGCCAGAGCUCGCUGCCUCUUGGUCGGCUGUGGUCGUCAAGCCCCCGUCGGAACCUAAAGGGGCGACCACGGCGAUGAAGCCCCCUCUCCCUCCUGCUCCGAAGCCCGCGUCAGCAGUCUCUGAAAUGCCUCCUCCCCUCGCACCCGAUGCUCCUGUUGCCGUGACUGCCCUUGUCCAGUCCGUGCCUGUUGCUUCUCCCUCCCCUCCGGCUGCUGCUCCUGCUCCACCGGCUGAUUCUGUUGUACCGUCGGUACCCGCGCCUGCCGGGGCCGUUGCUGAUCCCCCGGUUCCCCUCCCUGGCGCGCCCGCUGCACCGUCCGUUUCUGCCCCCGCCGACCUUGCUUCGGCGUCUGCUUUGCCGCCAAAGGCGGCUUCCGCCACCACUGCCGACCCGGCUCUGCUAGUGUCGCCCGCUGUGGCGCUUGCUGGUGCGCCGGCGGCCCCGGCAGUUCAGCCGUCGCGUCCCCCGUCACCUGACUGUCGACUAUCUCGGCCCCAUUCCCCCGCGCCCCAGCAGGAGCGUAGGUCGUCUCGCCGCAGGCGUGACUCACCGCGCCGUUAUCAGCAACAGGCGCACUCGCCUGCGCACCCUGGCGCCGUUGAGGCUCCUCGUCCGGCUGCGCUCCCCUUGAGUCCGUCGCCUGUCGCUGCACCCCCGCCACCGAUUCUCGUCCCGCCGGCUCCUGCUCCUGCUGCAUCGGCACCUCCCUCCGGCUCUCGUCUUCAUCUGCCGCCGGUCCCGCCUGUUGCGGGAGUAGAGUUUGUUGCUGUGGGUGGUGGCUCGUCGGCGCAGUAUUCCCACCACGAUGCUGCGGAUGGGCCACUUCUUUUCCUAACGGAGGCACUUCAGCCUCCGCAGACGCGUGUUCCCGAGGCGACGCUUGGCCAGCUCCACCGACUCGCGGAGAGCCUCCACGUGUUGCUGCUGAUUCAAGUGCUUGCUCACUCGUCCCUCCCCGUGAUUCCUGCAGAGACUUUCCGCGGCCGCCAGCGUGACACGUGCUUGGACGCGGCGGACCAGCUCGCAUCGCUGCUGGCGCCCGUGUUGGCUGCGCCCGCGGAGGGUGGCGCUGCUGCUGUGGGACAGCUUGACGAGGCUGUCCGAGGCUUGAGGCGGCACUUGCGCGCCGGAUCUGGAGCCGCGGCGAUCGGCGCAAGCACGCUUGUGGUCCGGGAGCUGUGGCGCUCCCUCACGGGCGUUCUUCACGCCCUUGGAGCUCACCGCAUGUAG